CUGGAUAAGUCAUGUAUCUUUCUUUCAGCAUCCCAGACGGCUGGAGACAUGGCCUCCACUGCAGGGAGUUUUUGCCUUUCCCUGCCUGAAGCCAUAUGGGUCAAAACGAUCAAAGUCAGGCUUGUAGGACGGUUAAAGAUUAAGCGAAACAACGAUAUGAUCACCGAAAACCGAGAGCUCAUCACGUACAAGGAAGAACAAGAGCUCGCCUCGUCCAAAAUACACGCCUCUUUCCAUAUCCCAGCGGGGAACUAUGAAUUCCUUUUCGACAUCCCGAUACCGGGCGAUCCCUUUGAGACAUCCGUCGGCCCCAAUCACGCCUAUCAUACAUACCAAAUCGAAGCGAUCAUUGAGCGCCGAGUUUGGAAGGAUAUAGUCGUGUCGCAAGCCCUAAGCAUUUACAGGCUUCCUGAUAUAGAGCUAUGUCCGCUAUCUACGGAAUCUCCACUGACGACCGGGGGCCAAUCAGCCCAGAGUAUUGAAUACUGCAUCUCAAUCCCCAGCCCCACCAUCCCUUUCGGGUCCAUAUUCUCCGUGGACAUGGAGUUCCAGGCGCCAUGCAAGGACGUCAACCUCUCCGCCCUGACACUAGAAGUGGUCGAAAGCCACCACAUCCGAUUGAAUGCGACUGCCGCACAAGCAGCGCUGAAUAUCCUGUCCAUUAGCGCUUCGAGAACCCACUCGCUGUUCAAAGAAACACGGUCCCCCGUCGGGGAAAGUGGAUCUGUCAGCUGCACCGGCACGGAGUGGGCUCUGAGCUCGCGAGUGGCGCUGCCGCGGAGCGUAAGCUUGUGCUCGCAGAGUGUGCGGACGAAGAUGAUCGCGAUCGAGCACGCUCUUGAGGUCCGCGCCGAGUUUCGGGACCGGAAGGGGCGUUUAUUCGACACAAUUGUAGCCAGUAUCCCGUUAUCCAUCUAUAUGACCCCUCGAGUUAUAGGACCGGAUGGGAGCAUCUGCGAAAAGGUGCUGGAGUACGGUACAUGUCCGCCGCCACCGUAUGAGAGACACACGAGUCACGUCAGACUUCUGGAUGCCAGUGAAGUAACGGACGGCCCAGGGCAAGGCACAAUGCCAAUAGCAGGUCGGAGAUUAGAUGGUCAGGAGCUGCAUCGAUUUCAAUUGUUAGAGCUAGCAGCACCUUGCUACGAGCUAGCUACUGGCUGCGACCCGCCUGUCUACACUCUGUGA